AUGAGGGGUGAAAGGGAAUGCCCCACCCAAACCCACCGGAUUGCCCCACCCAAACCCACCGGAUUGCCCCACCCAAACCCACCGGAAUGCCCUACCCAAACCCACCGGAUUGCCCCACCCAAACCCACCGGAUUAAAAUUCCUCCUCCCGGCGUUCGAACCCGCCAUCACGCAUCGACGGCGAGCCGAAAAGGGACUCCCCACCGACUUGGGCUCGGCCCGGCUUGUUUUUCUUGCAUUGUGCGAUGUGAUUGCAAAAGGGGAUGAAAUAUCGGGAGGGCCACUCUCUGGAUGGGAUCUGUCGGCCGUAACGGACGACGGGCGAUCCGUCACCGUUCAUGGGAGGGAACGAGAGCGCAACAAGAACAGGGCGUUCCAUCCAUCAAUGUUGCCAAUGAAUCGGAUGACGGGGGUCUUCCCCUUCCCUGUGGAUUUGCCGGGAAAGGAAAAGAAAGCCUUACAAGUUUCCUUGGCCCGGUUCCAUCGGGGUGGACACGUGAGGGGAAUGCUCGGAGUCGGCUGCACGCGGAGUCGGUCCGGUCGAUCUGGUCGCUGCCGGGUGAAUGUUCAAUCAAGGGUGGAUGCAAUGCCCGAGAAAUAUCUUCUAGAACUGGGAGACUUUUUGAAGCAGAGGUCCCGUCAAGAUGUUCUCUUCAAGGCGCUCGAAACUGUUUCCGGGCUCACUGCUGAGAAGGAGAGUCUGGCCAUUGUGAUGGAAAUCCCUGACAUCAUCUCGUCCCUCAUCGGCAUCGGGCUUUCCAGUGACAGUAGUCCAGAUGCUCAGGAACUUGCAAAGAAGUCUCUUGUGAACAUAGCAGCAGAUGCAACAGGAGCUGCAGCCGUUUCAGAUGCCGAGAACUUUCAUCGACUCCUGGACAGAGAGUUGAUGUGCUCGGAUUUUCAAGUUCCCAUGAUCUUAUCUAACAUUUCCAGAGAAGAGAAGAGUGCCCAGAAAAUCUUUGAGGCAUCUGGUGGAGAGGCUUGCCUUCAGAAGAUUAUAGAUAAAUUGUGCUUGCUUCGUGGAACUCCAGAAAAACAAAUGGAACACUUAGCAUCACUACUUGCAAAUUUGUCACAAGGAGGCGACUGCAGAAGGUUGCUGUUGAGAGAUGGAGCCCUUCUUCUAUCAAGAAUAUUCCCCCUUCUUCAAUGCAUGACAUCAGAGGUCAUCAGGAGAGGUGCUGCAAUAAUUUUGCAUAAUUGUUGCUUCCAAAAAGAAAUGCACGACAUGCUUUUAGAUGAGAAUGGAGCCGAUAUCCUUCCGCAUCUUCUCUUGCCUUUGGCUGGCCCUGAGGAAUUUGAUGAAGAAGAUAAUGGGAAACUUCCACCUGACCUUCAGUAUCUGGAUGAGAAUAAGGAACGUGAGAAAAACCCUGAAGUCCGCAAGCUGCUUCUGGAGCUACUUUAUAUGCUUGGUUCAAAGCGAAGUGCACGUGAAGAGCUGAGGCGGAGAGGAACGUACCUUAUCCUCAGGGAAUAUCACAAGUGGGAGAAGCAAGAAAACUUGAGAAAUCACUGUGAGGAUGUCAUCCAGCUUCUCAUAAGGACUGAAGAAGAGAUUGGACAUGAUGACCUGAGCACGGUCGAAAUCCCUCCUGAAUUCUUGGAGAAGCUUCAACUGUGAUGUUAUGCACAUCCCACUGAAGUGCACUGAGAGAUGCCUGCCCGAUCCAUUGAAGAUUGGACCCUGCCACUGAGUCACCAUCUAUGAAAGAGGAGUUCCUUGUGGCGAAAUACAGAUUUUAUUUUGGACCAUGAACCAUGAAGUUGAAGCGCCUCCAAGACCCACGGAGGAACACCCAUGUGACAAGACUCAUUGCAUGGUCCAUUUAGGAUAUUGAGAGGAGCAUCAGCUCUCCAGUUCGGCUAGGAAAUUCAGUGCUCUGCUGCAUUGGGUCUUAUCUGCUCACCCAACUGCAAAUACACAAGGAAACACAUUUUAAUAUGCUUGGAUAAAAGAAACUCUAGACAGUGAUGGAUCCAAACCCAUCCUUGGGGGGGGGAAAAAAAAAAGGCUUUCAUUUCUGUCAAAAAGUCACUCAUCAGAAAUCCAUGAUAU